CGGCAACUGAUAGGUUUGUUCACUUCCGCUUGUUCUGCUCGUCGAGCUAGUCAUGGUGCUCUGGUGCUGGAGUAUUCAUCGGCGGCUCCACGGCAUGGUGCCAUGACGUACCAGUACGAUGAUAUACUUUUGCGUCCUCAACGUGAAGUAUACGUUGGUAACCACGCGAUUGCCAUCGGUUACACGCACUAAUACUGUAUGGAGCACUCAUAACACAUUAUUACUCGCUUGCAGAAGCACAGAAGGUAGACCCUUUCGAUUGAGUUCGGAUAAUGGCGGCGGUUAACCCAUCACCAGUCAUAUCGCACUUGGCAUCUCGCCAUCUGCCAACCGCCGCCUGCCAGCUGUCAUGGGCCGUCCUGAGAGCCGUCAACCUCCCCGCAUUGGUCGCCGCUUAUUCCUCCGCAUCUAACGGCGAUCGGAAUCUAUCAGCCCAUCUCCAUACCACCGAACGCAUUCCACCACCAUCUCAAGAAGCCACCCUGCACAGAAUUGCAGUCAAGGACUCACACACAAUCGCAGUCCCGACCUCCGCAUCCCAUGGCCUACGGAACCCUUCCGAUCUCCCCGGCUCCUCCCUCCACCAACCACCAGCUUCCCACUACCAACAUUCCGCCGCCAUCCGUCCUCCCCGAGCCUCUUGGCCCGGGCACCGAGCCUCAGGUUCGGGGUCCUCCAUCGCUGUCGCAGGUCCGACGUGUGUUUCCCUCGCCGAUUGGCUCUUUAGGCGAGGCCUGAGCAUGGACCGGGACGGGGGGGAGCGUGGGGACACGGGGCUCAGCGAUAUGGGUCCGGGGAUGGGCCUGGGGCGGGAAGGCCCGUCCGCUCAGGCGCUCAUGCCGCCGGGCGCGGAGGUGGUGGAGGACGAUCACCUACCCGCGGACGACCAGGAGGUGGUGCUGGACUCGGUGGUGAAGGUGUUCGCCGUGGGCAGCAGCCCCAACUACCGGCUGCCAUGGCAGAACAAACCGCAGCGCGAAGUCACGGGCUCAGGGUUCGUGAUCAUGGGCCGUCGGAUCCUCACCAGCGCGCACAUCGUGGCCGACCAGGCGUUUGUGCUGGUCAGGAAGCACGGGUCGCCCAAGAAGUACCUCGCACAGGUGCAGGCAGUGGCGCACGAGUGCGACCUGGCGCUGCUCACAUUUUGGGCGGGGCUGAACCCCCUGCCCCUGGGGGAUGUGCCCCAGCUGCAGGAGUCGGUGGCCGUAGUGGGUUACCCACAAGGCGGCGACAACAUCAGCAUCAGCAUGGGCGUGGUGUCUCGUGUCGAGCCCACCAAGUACGCGCACAGCGGUGCGCACCUGCUGGCCAUUCAGAUCGACGCUGCCAUCAACCCGGGGAACAGCGGCGGCCCGGCGCUCGUGAUGACACACGUGCCCGUGCUGGCCGACAGCAGUGGCACCGGUGAGAGCUGCAGCAACAACGGCAGCAGCAGCAGCAACAACAGCAGCAGCAGGGAUGUGACACAGUCACACCGCAUACAGUCACAAUUGCAGGGGACGCCUGGUGGGAGGGCAGGGAGCGGGCGGCAGAGAUCGAUACUGGAGGACGAGGACGAUCUCCCAGGCUUUAAGGGGCUGGACUGGGGGGAGGAAGGUGGAGAGGGGAUGAUGCGGCUGGGGAGAGAAGAUGGGAGGGGGGAGAGGGAGGAGGAGGGGGAGGAGGAGCGGGGGAUUGGAGGGGGGUGGGCGGAGAUCGAGGCGGAGCGGGCGGCGGAGGAGGCGGCAGCGCGGGCGCCAGUGGCGAUGAGGGUGGAGUACCAGGCGGUGGGGGUGGCGUUCCAGAACCUCACCGGCGCCGAGAACAUCGGCUACAUCGUGCCCACGCCCAUCAUCCACCGCUUCCUGCACGACGUGGCGUUGCACCACCACCACUUCCGGGGCUUCUCCUCCUUGGGGGUCUCCUGCCAGCCGCUCGACAACUGGCAGCUGAGGGAGCACCUGAAGCUGCCACGUGGCGCCACGGGCGUGCUGGUGAACGCGGUGCAGCCAAUGAGCGAGAGCAGCAGGUGGCUCAAGAAGGACGACGUGCUGACGGCGUUUGAUGGCGUCCAUAUUGCCGAUGAUGGGUCCGUGCUGUUCCGCAAGCGUGAGCGGCUGCCGUUUGACUAUCUGGUGUCGCUCAAGGGGAGUGGGGAGCGGGCGCGAGUGUCGGUCUACAGAGGAGGGCAGCUGAUGCACUUUGAAAUCACCGUCGAUACGCUGCCCCCGCUGGUGCCAGCACAGCAGUUCGAUUCUGCCCCCAGCUACUUCAUAUUCGCGGGGCUGGUCUUCAUGCCGCUCUCCCAGCCCUACCUGCACGAGUACGGCCCCGACUGGCUCCACGCCUCGCCCCGCCGUCUCUGUGACCUCGCCCUCAGGAACCUGCCGGAGAAACCCGGCCAGCAAAUAAUUAUCCUCUCCCGGGUGCUGCCUGACGAAGUCAAUAGUGGCUACGAGCGCCUGGCAGACCUGCAGGUGCUAAAGGUGAAUGGGGUUGAAGUGGAUAACAUUCAGCAGCUCAGAGACGCCGUGCUGGAGACAUCUGGACCGUUCGUGCGCUUCGAUCUGGAGGACGGGCGAAUCAUCGCCAUCGACAUAGCAGCUGCCAGAAAGUCCAAUGCCCAGAUUCUGCGGCGCUACCGCGUGCCAAGUGCGUCCUCCUGGGAUCUCCGCCAAAUGGCUGACAGCCACAGCCAUGGCGGCCACAGCCGCUUCUGACAGCCACGUCUGGCAGCCGUGUCUGGCAGCCGUGUCUGGCAGCCAUUCUGGCACUGGCAUGCACAGUCGACACGUCUAUUCCGACACAGUAGGAUGUUAGCACUGAUAUGUCCAGAACCCCUGGUACGGCCCUGGCUGUAGAGCGAAGGGAUGAAUUUGCACGGGUUGUAGGGGAUCUUUAUGUUGGGUAAUUUCUUACUACGUGCUGGUACAGCAUGUCAUGUUGGCUGGCACCCAAGUUUACCAACUGUAAAACAGUUGGUUGGGACUAAAACGACUGAUUGGCCGGCAAGCUGUAGGCACCAGUGAAAUCGCCUGCAAUUGCAAUUCACGCACCCUCGUGACACAACCUGGGUUUUCCCAACCAACUGUAAAACAC